UUUUUUCAUUUUCAGAAAAAUUGAGUUUGGUGGGAGAAGGAAGGAAGAAGAAGAGAGAAAAAUGUCGAGCUCUGUGGAGAUAAAUGAAGUUGUGUCCAUUGAGCUUCCAGCUCCAGAUGGUUGGUUGAAAAGGUUUCUGCCUAAGAAAGGAGGGACGCCAAAGAAAAAUGAGAUCGUAUUUACUGCACCAACAGGGGAGGAGAUAACUACAAAGAAACAGUUGCAGCAGUACCUGAAGUCACACCCUGGUGGUCCGGCAAUCACUGAGUUUGACUGGGGAAGUGGGGAAGCUCCAAGAAGAUCCACAAGGAUCACUGGAAAGGCAAAGACAGCUCCACUUGCAGCAGAAAGUGUGACUCCAACAAAGCGAAGCAGAAAAUCUUCAGCUUCUAAGAAGGAUGUGAAAGACAAAGAAGACCAGGAAGAAACUGAGGCAGCAAAGGAUGUUGACAUGCCAGAAGCUGAAAAACAGGAAAAGGAUGCUGUGGCUGUGGAAGCUAAAAAACAUGAAAAGGAUGAUGUGGCUGUGGAAGCUGAAAAACAUGAAAAGGAUGUUGCGGCUGUGGAAGCUGAAAAGGUGGUCGAACAGAAACAUGACGAGGGAAAAGAUGAAAAUAAGGAUGAAAUGCCUUCAACUGAUGUCGGUGUUGUGAAGGAGAACCAAGCUAAACCGACAAGUCAAGGCCAAACUGAAGAUGGUCCUUCCAAAGAUGAUGUUGUUGAGAAGGAUGUUGAAAUGGCUGAUCAUGCUGCUGAGAAGAAAGAUGAAAUGCAUUCUUCUGCUGUUGAUGUUAUGAAGGAGAACCAAGCUGAAAAAAUGGGUGAAAGCCAAAAAGCAGAAGAUGGUCCUUCUAAAGAGGCUGAAGUUGAGAAAGAUGAUAAAAUGACCGAGUGUGUUGCAGAGAAGAAAGAUGAAACUUCUGAUGUUGAUGCUGUGAAAAGUGAUGACCCAACCGAAGAUGGAAAAGCAGAAGAUGCUCCUGCUGAUGUGUCUGCGGCUAACAAAGAUGUUGGAGAUGCUUUCUUGGUGAAAGAGGUCCCAACUGGGAAAGUAGCAGAUGAAGCUGAAGUAACUGAUAACAGGAUCAAGGCCGAUGAGAUUAACCAUUGAAUAGUGACAUGGAUCCAUUCUCUGCUAUCCUCUUACCCUGCUCUCUUAUUCUCUCUGACCUUUUACCCUUGUUACUUUUCUUUAGUGACUGUAGUGUUGUUGUCAAUGGUAGAUACUCUCGACUGUUCAUGAGAUAUCUGUAUGUAAUAUCGUAGAUUUAGAUCGUUACUUGCAGCCUGGUCCUCUGGAAGAACUUAUAGCUGAAAGAGAUAUAUGUAAACCUUACACCAUAGAUUUAGACCUUCAGUUGGGACAGAACUUGUAACUUGCCGAGAUCCAUGUAGCAUGUUGUGACUGAACUUAGUAACGUAAGUUGUAAUAAGUCCGUGUUAAGUUAAUGUCGAGUCUUAAC